AUGGGACAUUGGAGAAAUCUCUUUCGCUCCGAUCGUGGCAGGACCCGGCACCGCGUUCAGGUAGAACGUCGUCGGCUGCUACCUGCCUAUGCUGCCGAAGAGUCUGAUGCCUCUGAUGCUUCAAAGGAAAUUGCCAAGGUUGCUCUUCGGCUGAAGUAUCAAAUCGAGCAGGUUGUCUCCUGCGAAGUAGAGGAUAGUGUCUUGACCAACCCAAACAGCCGCAUCAUCACGGAUGAUGUGGUUGCAUCUGCUAGACAGGCUGGUGGAGAAGAUUACAAAGCAUGCGUUGUCUAUUGUCUUCUAAUUUGUCUACGAUGGUUCAAGAUUCAAUCCUCCGUCGAGCUUUGGGAUUCCGAUCUCCAUGAGGUUCGGGCUGUGGCGUGCGAGGUCAUCGCCAAGCGCAUUAUCGAAUCCGAGAAGGACCAAGAUUACGUGCUGAAACACAUUUUACUCAAGCGAUACUCUAUCUUUAGUGAAGGAGUAGAGACUGAACCUGCCAAUGUUGUUGAACGAGCGGUAGAUCUUCAUGCCUUGAGGAUCAUUAGCUCUGCUCCUUACCAGAGAUGUAUCCAGUACCUGUGGAAGGGUUGGAUCUGCCAGGAAGAAGGCAACCCAACUAACUUUGUCGAGUACACCGAGAAGUCCAACACCGGGUACUGGGUGCAUUUUCACCCUGAUCGGAUGCGGACUCCUCUGUAUCAGAAUGUCUGUCAAAUUUUGUUUUCCUUGGUUUACCUCGCGAUUUAUACGCAAGUCAUCAACAGCGUGAACCCAACCGGUGACCUUGAUGUGGCCGAAGCCAUUCUUUACGUUAUGACUCUUGCGUUCAUGUGUGACGAGGGGGUCAAGUUUUGGAAAGUUGGGUGGAAUUACCUCGAAUUCUGGAAUGCCUUCAAUUCAACCCUUUACGCGAUCCAGGCAGCGUCACUUAUCUUGCGCUUUCUUGCCUUGGCACACUCGUCAUCCACUCACGAUAAACAAAGGCAGCUAUACAACGAGCUCAGCUACAAUUUCCUGGCUUUUGCGGGCCCUAUGUUCUGGAUGCGCAUGAUGUUGUAUCUUGAUUCGUUCCGCUUCUUCGGUGCAAUGUUUGUAGUUCUUCGAGUCAUGAUGAAGGAGAGCUUGAUAUUCUUUGCCCUUCUAUUUGUGGUUAUGGCUGGUUUCUUCCAGGCCUUCGUCGGCAUGGCCCAAGUCGACCCUGAUGUCCCUCUCCAUCGAAACAUUCUCCAGGGAAUGGUAAAUAGUAUUAUGCAGAGCCCCGAGUUUGAUACUUUCCAGGAUUUUGCAUUUCCCUUUGGCAUCAUCCUCUACUAUGUUUUCAAUUUCAUUGUUAUGACUGUUUUGUUGAAUAUCCUCAUCGCCUUGUACAACAGCGCAUAUACAGAUAUCUCUGGCAAUGCUACAGAGGAGUACAUGGCCAUCUUCGCGCAGAAAACCAUGCAGUUCGUUCGCGCCCCAGAUGAAAAUGUCUUCAUCCCGCCAUUCAACCUCAUCGAGAUUCUGUUUCUGGUGGCCCCAUUCGAAUGGUGGCUUUCGCGGGAGACCUAUGCCAAGCUCAAUGACUUUGUAAUGGCCGUGAUCUACUCGCCGUUGCUCACCAUUGCAGCCUGGGUUGAGAUCCGUCAAGCGCACCGAAUUCGAUGGAAUCGCCGCCAUGGCGAAGAAGAUGAUGAUACUGCUCAAGAAUGGGAGCAUGUGGCUAAGGAGGUCAAUUUUGAUCUUGAUGACACUUGGAAGCAACAGAUAGCAGAGUCCACGCCGGAUAUCAAGGUUGAUAGUUGUACUUAUGAACUCAGAGAGCUGAAGGAGCAGGUUAGGUUGUUGACAGAGAUGGUGAGGGAAUUGACUCAGGAGAAAGUGGACAAGAAGGUGGAUGGAGCAACGCGUCGAGCGGCGAAUCCUCUGGAACCAAAAUUGGCAAAACUCGUGGAUGACCCUCAGAUCCAUACUGCCUCGUUGCAUAACCCACUCCCUUGGCAAUUGCAUACAUAUGUCUGGCCUUUCCUGAUCAUCUGGCCUGUGUUCUUCGCCUUUUACCUCUCCCCCGAUCGUUAUGAUACCUACAUUCAGGGACAGGAAUGGACCUUCGUGUUCGCGGGGUCUAUCGUCACCUUCCAAUCGCUCUUCUGGCUGAUGACCAAGUGGAACAUUGAUAUCAACACCCUAUUCACUACCACUCGAUCCAAGUCCAUCGACACUGCCCGGCUUAUCAAGGUGGUUCCCAUCACUAAUGCUGGCUCUGCCGAGAUCUGCACAUUGAUUAGAGAGAACAACGGCCCGAAGAAGACUCUUUCAUUCCUCUUCCAGAAGCGCCGCUUCCUCUUUUACCCGGAAACUCGCACAUUCGCACCCCUAUCCUACGCCCUUGACGCCGAACCAAAGCCGGCGCUCAAGACUUUCCAACUGACCGAGGGCUUCACGUCGAAGGCCGAGAUCGACCGUAUCCAAAACCACUAUGGCGAUAACACCUUCGAUAUCCCUGUUCCUGGUUUCCUUGAGCUCUUCCAGGAGCACGCUGUUGCGCCGUUCUUCGUCUUCCAGAUUUUCUGUGUCGGAUUGUGGAUGUUGGAUGAAUACUGGUACUACUCGCUUUUCACACUCUUCAUGCUUGUUAUGUUUGAGAGCACUGUUGUGUGGCAGCGCCAAAGGACCCUGAACGAGUUCCGUGGAAUGAGCAUCAAGCCUUACGAUGUUUGGGUAUACCGUGAACGGAAAUGGCAGGAGAUCACUAGUGAUAAGCUUCUUCCCGGCGACCUCAUGUCAGUGAACCGCACCAAGGAGGACAGUGGCGUUGCCUGUGAUAUUCUUUUGAUUGAAGGUAGUGUCAUUGUGAACGAGGCUAUGCUUUCUGGCGAGAGCACACCUCUUCUGAAAGACUCCGUCCAGCUCCGUCCCGGCGAUGACUUGAUUGAACCGGAUGGAUUUGAUAAGCUCUCGUUUGUGCAUGGCGGUACCAAGGUCCUCCAGGUUACUCACCCUAAUCUGACUGGCGACUCGGGCUUGAAGAACUUGGCCAGCAACGUUAUCAUGCCCCCAGACAAUGGUGCUUUGGGUGUGGUUGUUAAGACUGGUUUCGAAACCAGCCAGGGUAGCCUUGUUCGGACCAUGAUUUACUCGACUGAACGUGUCUCUGCCAACAAUGUUGAAGCUCUGUUCUUCAUUCUCUUCCUACUGAUUUUCGCAAUUGCCGCUUCGUGGUACGUGUGGCAAGAGGGUGUGAUCCAGGACCGCAAACGCUCCAAGCUUCUGCUCGACUGUGUCCUCAUCAUCACCAGUGUUGUUCCUCCCGAACUACCCAUGGAACUGAACUUGGCCGUCAACACUAGUCUUGCUGCUUUGAGCAAAUUUGCCAUUUUCUGCACUGAGCCUUUCCGUAUCCCCUUCGCUGGUCGUGUUGACAUCGCUUGCUUCGACAAGACCGGUACCCUGACUGGAGAGGACCUUGUCGUUGAUGGUAUUGCUGGACUCACCCUAGGUGAACCUGACUCGAAGGUCGAAGCCGAUGGUGCUCACCCCGAAUUGGCCAAUUCCUCUGCUGCUGGACUUAACACCACUCUCGUUCUCGCCAGUGCUCACGCCCUGGUGAAGCUGGAUGAGGGUGAGGUCGUCGGUGAUCCUAUGGAAAAGGCUACAUUGGAAUGGCUCGGCUGGACUUUGGGCAAGAGCGACACUCUGUCUUCCAAGGGCAACGCUCCCGUUGUCGAUGGUCGCAAUGUCGAGUCUGUUCAAAUCAAGAGAAGGUUCCAGUUCUCCUCGGCCCUGAAACGCCAGAGUACUAUCGCCACCGUCACCACAAAUGACCGCAAGUCUUCGAAGAAGAUCAAGUCUACCUUUGUGGGUGUCAAGGGUGCCCCCGAGACCAUCAAUACUAUGCUGGUCAACACACCUCCCAACUACGAAGAAACCUACAAGCACUUCACCCGCAAUGGUGCUCGCGUGCUUGCUCUUGCCUACAAGUACCUUUCAUCUGAAUCCGAACUUUCCCAGAGUCGCGUGAACAACUAUGUCCGCGAUGAGGUUGAGUCUGAGCUGAUUUUUGCCGGUUUCCUUGUCCUGCAGUGCCCCCUGAAGGAUGAUGCCAUCAAGUCUGUCCGUAUGCUGAAUGAGAGCAGCCACCGUGUUGUUAUGAUCACUGGUGAUAACCCGUUGACCGCUGUCCAUGUCGCACGCAAGGUCGAGAUUGUUGACCGUGAGGUUCUCAUCCUUGAUGCCCCUGAACAUGACAACUCUGGAACCAAGAUCGUCUGGCGUACCAUCGACGAUAAGCUCAAUAUCGAAGUCGACCCCACUAAGCCCCUCGACCCGGAGAUUCUGAAGACUAAGGACAUCUGUAUUACUGGAUAUGCUCUGGCAAAGUUCAAGGAUCAGAAGGCUCUCCCUGAUCUGCUCCGUCACACCUGGGUUUAUGCUCGUGUGUCCCCCAAACAAAAGGAAGAGAUUCUUCUUGGUCUCAAGGAUGCCGGAUACACCACUCUGAUGUGCGGCGAUGGUACCAACGAUGUUGGCGCUCUUAAGCAGGCCCACAUUGGUGUCGCGCUCCUGAACGGCUCGCAAGAAGAUCUCACCAAGAUCGCUGAACACUACCGGAACACCAAGAUGAAGGAGCUGUACGAGAAGCAGGUCGGCAUGAUGCAGAGAUUCAACCAGCCCACGCCUCCAGUCCCUGUUCAGAUCGCUCACCUGUAUCCUCCCGGUCCUUCCAACCCACACUACCAGAAAGCCAUGGAGCGGGAGUCGCAACGCAAGGGUGCUGCGAUCACCGCUGCUGGUGGAACCCCCGAAGCUAUCCCAACCAUCACAUCUCCUGGCGCUCAGGCCUUGCAGCAAUCGGAUUUGACACCCCAGCAGCUGAAAAAGCAGCAGGCCCAGGCUGCUGCAGCUGGCCUUGCAGACAAGCUCACAGCUUCUAUGAUGGAACAGGAAUUGGAUGACGGCGAGCCUCCUACUAUCAAGUUGGGUGAUGCAUCAGUCGCUGCUCCCUUCACCAGCAAGUUGGCCAACGUUAUUGCUAUUCCGAAUAUUAUUCGCCAGGGUCGUUGCACCUUGGUUGCGACCAUCCAGAUGUACAAGAUCCUUGCUUUGAACUGCUUGAUCAGUGCCUACAGUCUGAGUGUCAUCUACCUGGAUGGCAUUAAGUUCGGUGAUGGACAGGUCACCAUCAGCGGUAUGAUGAUGAGUGUCUGCUUCCUUUCUAUUUCCCGUGCCAAGUCUGUCGAGGGUCUGUCUAAGGAGCGCCCGCAGCCCAAUAUUUUCAACGUCUACAUCAUUGGAUCUGUUCUUGGACAGUUUGCCAUCCACAUCGCGACAUUGAUCUACCUCUCGAACUAUGUCUAUAAGCACGAGCCGAGAAAUUCCGAUAUUGAUCUCGAGGGCGAGUUUGAGCCUUCCCUCUUGAACAGUGCCAUCUACCUCCUCCAGCUGAUCCAGCAAAUCUCCACCUUCUCCAUCAACUACCAAGGUCGUCCCUUCCGCGAGUCAAUCCGCGAGAACAAGGGCAUGUACUGGGGUCUUAUCGCUGCAACGGGUGUUGCAUUCUCCUGCGCCACCGAAUUCGUUCCCGAGCUGAAUGAGAAGCUGCGCCUCGUCCCCUUCACCAAUGAUUUCAAGAUGACUCUGACCGUGCUGAUGAUCUUGGACUACGGUGGCUGCUGGUUGAUUGAGAAUGUUCUUAAGCACCUGUUCAGUGACUUCCGUCCUAAGGAUAUUGCUAUUCGUCGUCCUGAUCAGCUUAAGCGCGAGGCGGAUCGUAAAUUGCAAGAGCAAGUCGAAGCCGAAGCCGAGAAGGAGCGGCUAAGAAAGGUUUAG